AUGACUGUCCUUACCACACCCCCCCUUUUCCCUUCUAUCCUGCCAAUAGCUUGGGGAAUGUCGGAAGCCCGAGAGACCGCUGCCGUAGAGAUAUCACAGGACCGCAAUGACCGUGAUUUCAACGCAAUGUGUUGGGCUGUUGAACUAUUACCCGUCGACAGCGAGCUGGAACCUUUCAUCGAGGUUAUACCCAACGUCGUUGCCUGUUCCGACCUGAGCGCCAAACUGCUGCUAUACAGGUUGCUUAAACAUGAUGCGGUGACGAUACGACUAGGAUAUCGCAUUCAACGCCUCCUCGUGACCUGUACUCAAGGCGAGCUCACCCCCGCAACAAUGCAGAAGCGGGCUAUAACGUGCCUUAGUGCGAUAUGGUCCUUGACAACAAUGUCACUCCCUGCAUCAGACGUAACAACUUCUACUGUAUAUCGUUCACGCGAAACACUCCGGUUUGACGAGCAAACGUUGAAAUAUAUUAGCCUUGUGCAUGACGGCAUACCAAACGUGUCAGAUUAUUCCGUGUCCGUCUCACCGUUGUGUCAAGGAGCUUACUCGAUAUGCGGGUUCAUCGUGACCAGAAAGUGGUGUCAUCGUGAAGUUGGUCGUGACACAGACAAGGCCCACCAUCAUUCCGAUCUUGUGCUCAAGAGAUUGCAUCAACAGCUUGGCGAACUAGAAGAACACCUUUCGUACUCCCACGGGAAAUUUGCUCUGCCCUACGUGACAAUGGAGACUGUUCGUCGACAUUUGGAGGAGCUCGUUGACGCCGCCGCGUCCACAGCCGACGUUGGAAUCGCAGAGUGUCUUGUAGAACUGGGUUCGAAGUCUAUCCACAGAUUUUGGCAUGCUCUCAAUCAAGCGGGAUUCUCCUUGACGACUGAAUUCGUCGCAUACCUACUAAAGAAUCCAUCUCUUCCAUACGGGGCUUCGAACACCCUCCAGCGGCUCUUUCUGUCAAUCGAUUCUGACAUCCCGCUUUCGUUAGAGUCGCAGACUCUUUUUGUUGAACAGCUUGACGACACCCUUGAACCCCACCUGCAGCCGACAGGAUCACGACUUCCCGAAAGUAUAACAAACAUUCUGCAAGGAAUCGUCCCGGCCAUCACGGACGCAUCCUGUAAACUGAAGGCUAUGAGGACUCUGCAUCUCUAUAGAAAACGUUUCCCAUCGAACGAUGCCGCGUUCAAGGCGUUGGCCCUUCUCCAAGAAGACCUUCCACAUCCAGCGUAUUCAUCUUCCCCUCCCUUGGAUUUAUUUGAUUCACAUGUGUAUGCAAACACCAAGUUGGACAAGACGGUUGCUCGGACAAGAUCAUCGGGUGAGCUCAGAGAUACCGCAGAUUUCGAUACUGUUUUCCGAGGACCUUCAAUAACACGCCUGCCGCUUCUCAAAAUUAAAGCAAUGACCCGUGCAAUGAAUAUUCUAGUUCUGAUUCAUUUCUCGGCGUUGCUGCACUAG